CAUUAGUACAAUGGAUUCUCACUCGAUAACCAUUCCAACCUUUGUCUUUAUCAUUGUUUUUGCCUUUUCAUUUGCUUAUGCCUACGAUCCAAGUCCUGUUCAAGAUUUCUGUGUUGCACAUCCAAAAGCUACUGUUUUUGUGAAUGGGAUGGCAUGCAAAGACCCAAAGGAUGUAACAGUGGGGGAUUUCUUCACGUCGGGUCUGGAUAGGGCGUUGAUACAGGAUCCAGUAAUUUCAGGUGUAAGUUAUAAGCGCGCCAGUGUGGCAGAAAUACCCGGGCUCAACACUCUCGGGCUCACAAUGAUCCGUAACGAAAUUCAGACCACGACCGUCAUCCCACCCCACACCCACCCUCGAGCCACAGAGACGGUCUUUCUCUUACAG